AUGAACAAAAAGAGUCGUAGAAAUGCUCGCGUGAAAUAUGAAGAUGAAGAUAUAGAGAUGCAAAACACAGAAGUUGGUUUGCAGACUUCAACAAAUAAAAUACCCGGGAGCACCAUUAAAACUAAAGAAAAAACCAAAGCCAAAGUUACUUUGAGUUUUGAAUUAGAACAAUAUGUUGAUGAAAAAUUAGUGUUUGGUAAAAAGGCGUUGAAGGAACAUGAAAAAAAGAAAAAAUCUGAACGGGAGGAAAUGAUUAUGGACGUUGAUUAUGAAGAUGAAGAUGAAGGGUUUUUACAAUGGGAGCUAGAAGCAAUUAAAAAAGGAACUCAUGUACUUCAAAAACCCGUCGAGAAACCAGAAACCAAGAAACUUUUGGAUUUGGAAUCAUUUCAGAAAACUCGUCAAUUGCAACUCCAACAACUUCAAAAGGAUAUUGAAAAUCAUCAAAAAGUUGUUAAAGUUGAAAUUUAUAGGUCCAUAAUUUUAAAUAUUUCACUAUAUUCUGAUAUGGUUUUGAAAACAAGGUUGAAAUAUGAUGAUGGUCUAAAAGGGACAACUUGUGAAAGCCGAAGACAAAACCGCGAGUCAAGACGAUUAAAGCGAUUAAAAAAUCGAAUGGUUCUUAAUUAUGAUGAUGACGACGAGGGAUUUUCUACAGAUGAUAAACUAUCGGAAACAGACGAAGAAGAAUAUAAUUCCAAAAUUGGUAUAUUAUUUAUAUUGAUAAUAGGAUAA